AAGCGGCCGCCCCGCCGGAGCGUGCGCACUGGGGCUCCAGCGGCAGCCCCGGCUCCCGGCUCUGCUACUCGGAAGAUGGCGGACCGUCCCGGCGCCGGCGGUAGCACAUCUCUGAGAGGGCUGCGGGAACAGAUGGUUGCUGCUGCUCAUGCCAUUGCUGAAGAAAGACGCAAUCAGAGUAGCAGUCGCUCUCUUCCACCCCAGUCCUCAAAUAUAAGAUCAGCAUUUAAACCAGUAAUAGAUGGAUCUAUGCUUAAAAGUGAUGUAAAACAAAGAUUAGCCAAGGAGCGCAGAGAAGAGAGAAAGAGACAACAAGAUGCUAAUAAAGAAAUACAACUACUUGAAAAAGAAAGAAAGUCCAAGAUCCAGUUUGAAAAACAGAUGGAAGAAAAACAACGAAAGCUUAAAGAACAAAAAGAAAAGGAUGAACAGCGGAGAAUAUCUGCAGAAGAGAAAAGAAAACAGAAAUUACGGGAAGAAAGGGAGAGAUUCACAGCUGUUCUUUACCGUUCAUUGGAACGGAGCAACCGUGUUGAUCAUCGUCAAAAAAGAUGGUCAUGGGAAGGCUCAACGACAGUAAAUUUGGAGAGUAAAACUGCCAAUAAGCGUUCUAUAUCUACUGAAAAACUUGAACAAGAGACUUCUGGCAGACACAAACAUAUGUCUGUGUCAUCUACAGGUCUCCAAAAUUCCAUUGCCAACAAAAAAACCGAAAGGAGAAGCUCAUCUUUGAAUAGAAGGUGUAGCAAACUGCAUUCAUCUACAGAAACAGAACAAAUAGAAGAAAAACCAGCUGCUCGUUACCCGCAUACCAGUCUUCGGGAGAAUAAUUUAAUCACUCGCCUGCUCGUCCCCACAAAAGCUUCAAUAGCGAGGAGCAAAAGUGCUGCUUCAUUAUCAGUCCCUGGAAAAGAUACUUCAGGCAUUAAUACUUUAAUCCAGUGUACAAACAUGCCCUUGUGUAGCCAUAGCGGUGAUGAACUGAAGAAAACCACAGUACUUCGCAAGUCAGUAGUGCUUCCCCAGGAGAAAAUAGAAACACCCCCCAAGGUGAGCUUGGAAGCACCCCCCAAGGAGAAUGUGGAAGUGCCCCCCAGGGAGAAUGUGGAAGCACCCUCUGAGGAGAGUGUGGAAGCACCCCCCAAGGAGAACAUGGAGGCGCCCCCUGAGGAGAACAUGGAAGUGCCCCCUGAGGCAAUCAUGGAAGCACCCCCCAAGGCGAGUGUGGAAGCACCCCCUGAGGAGAAUGUGGAAGCGCUCCCUGAGACGAGCGUGGAAGAGUGCCCCAAAGUGAGUACAGACACCCCCCCCAAGACAAAUGUGGCAGUGCUCACCAAGAGCAUGGAAACAUCACCGGAGGUGAGCACAGAUCCAUCCCCUGAAGUGAGCAUGGACAUGUCCCGUGAGGUGAGCGUGGACUCGUCCCUCGAGAUAAGCACGGAAAUGUCAUCUGAGGCAAGCAUGGAAGCGUCCCCAGAGGCUAGUGUGGAAGUGUACCCCAAGGCUAGCAUGGAAGCUCUCCCCAAGGAGAGGUUGGAAGUGUCCCCUAAAACGAGCACGUCUGAGGCAUCCCCUGAGGUGAGCGUGGACACGUCUUCCAAGGUGAAAAUGAGAGACUCUCCACAGAAAUCAGAAAUGGACAAACAGGCCUCAAACCCUGUUAGCAAGAAGCGUCCAUCGUCACACAUACCAUGUUACAAAUGGCCAUCUCCUCCUGCAAGUGGGUGGCGUCCGCCCUCUCCCAUCAGUGCUAAUAACAGGCAAACCCAAAAGAAUCGUCCCCCAUCACCUUCACCUGUCAUGUCAAAACAGUCAGCACAGUCUUCUCUCUCCUAUAAAAUAAUUCCUGUUCAGCGUACUGUAUUUGCACAAAAUGCAUUAGGUAGUAUCGGAAAGAAAAGAGAAGCAGUUCCUAAAACCACUAAUAGCUCUGUGGCCGGAAGCCAAAAGCACAUGAUCUCUGAAGGGUCUGGUAAUAAAAGCACACCAGGGUCUAUGAAUGCUGAGGAGGCAACAAAAAUUUUGGCAGAAAAACGACGCCUUGCUCGUGAACAAAGGGAAAAAGAAGAAAGACUACGAAAAGAAACAGAACAAGGGGAAGUGAAAGAUAUGGCAAAGAAAGCAGUUGAAGGCCAAGAAGAAGAGUUCUUGAAAUCUGAAGAUGGGCAAGGACAAAAGGAGGUAAAACCGAAGAAAGAAUGUCAGGAUCAGGAAGACCAGAAAGUGCUACUACAGAAAGAGGACACCAGCUUAAAAGCUCAGGAGGAGGCCGACAAACGCAAGAAGGAACAUGAGAGAAUUAUGUUACAGAACUUGAAGGAGAGAUUAGAAAGAAAAAAGAGAAUUGAGGAAAUUAUGAAGCGGACAAGAAAGACAGAUUCGAUUGCUUCAAAGGCUGUAGAAACAUCUGUUAACAAUACAUACGAGGAGGACGAGGCAGAUGAUGAGGACGAGUCAGAAAGUGAUGAGGAGUCCUUCGAGUCCAAGCAUCCAUCCGCCUUAAACAAUGGUGUGGAUUCAUCCAUAAAACUCAAAACACAUUUUAAAAAUGUGAAGAACACCCCUAACCUGAUGUUUUUAGAUGCCACUUCUGGCCAAGACCAUAAAGAGACAAAAACAUUUUUUAAUGGUGACAUGAAAACAUUCAGACAGAGAAGUGUGAAAGACCCUUUGACUCAGGCAAAGUGUACCAGACCCUCCACCAAGAGAUCAGCCAGCCAAGCAGCAAAAACCAGAGAGGCAGAUGAAGCCAGCAACUCUGUGGGACCUUCCAGGAGUUUAUCCUCAGAGGCAGAGGAGUGGCUCUGUGACAGGAUUAUUGGCAUCGCAAGUGAGACAGAGUCACUUAUGUCCAGUGUCCUUCCUGAUAGCCCAGAACACCAUUUGGAAGAGUCUAUAACAUUCCACCCAAGUCCCCAGAUACCUUUAGAUGACAAGGAAGAAGACAAAUGUGUUCCUGCUGCAUCAGAUAUAUAACCUCGUGCAGCCUGGAAGAGAAUUCGUUCUCCACUCUGGAGUUCAACGUCCAGGUCCAUCUCCCAAAAUUUCUCUGCCUCCAACUUGAACCCGGCAAACAAAAUGACCAUCAAAAAAUGGGAAAACAUCAAAAGUCACCUUAAUGCAUCUCAGAAGAUGCUCUUAUCAUCCUGAAUCUUGCCCACAAGCAAGAGUCCUUAGUAAAGAGUCAUUUUUGUUUUCCUGUAAAGAA